CGCGCGGCUGCAUUAUAUCACAGACGCGCGCGCGCUCUCGCGCCGAUAGCAUCUCACGCAGAGAGAUCAUCGACUCUCUCCAUCUCUCUCUCUCUCUCUCUCUCUCUCUCUCUCUCUCUCUCUCUUUACUCCUGUGUACGACUCGUCCGCGGCGCACAGCGCGAUUAUGCGGGAUUCGUGCAGUAGGUAGUCAGUCGCCGGCCGUAGUCUGUCGCGCUUCGUUUCCGGAUUCCGAGAGUACUUUGCUGCCGAGGAUUUUCACUGCUGAUACAUAGUUGGAGCGACUGCAGUGCCGGAAUCGUAUCACAUUGCAUUAUUAUAUAGAUGCCUUAAUUAGCACAUUGAACGCAGUAUAAUUUUUCUCAGCUACUAUACUUUUCAACGUACAGGAUUCGAAGAUGUCGCCGCUAGUGCUGGGAAUAGACGUCGGCACGACGUCUGUCAAAGUUGUGAUCGUCCAGAAGGAGACACAGCUAAUCUUGGCUAAUCAAUCGAAGGAUACGCAAGCUAAUGUGCCAAGCGACCUGGGAAUCGAGGGGAACAAACAGGAUGUGCCGAAGAUUCUUUCGGCCAUCCAUAAUUGUGUGUCCCGACUCCCCAAGGACUUGCUGCGACAGGUUGAAAGCAUCGGAAUCUGCGGACAGAUGCACGGCAUGACACUGUGGCAGCUACCAAACGAGUGUUCCUACAAGGAUAACGGCGUGUUCAAGCUCGACAUCGACAAAGACAAGGUGUCGAAUCUCUACACAUGGCAAGACGGUCGCUGCGACAUCGACUUUCUCAAUUCCCUGCCCAAGUCCAAGAGCCACCUGCCCGUACAUACCGGCUUCGGAUGUGCCACGCUAUUUUGGUUUGCCAAGAAUAAGCCGGAAAAGCUGAAAAAGUACGACCGCUGCGGAACAGUCCAGGACCUCGUAGUGAGUCUACUCUGUGACAACGACGAUGUAAAAAUGAGCUCGCAAAACGCAGCUAGUUGGGGCUACUUCCUCACCGAGCCUCGAGAGUGGGACAGAGAAGCCCUGGAAGCCGGGGGCUUCCCUAUGCACCUGCUGCCUUCGGAGAUACUAUCACCAGGACAGGUGGCUGGUACGCUGGCUCAUAACUGGUUCGGAAUACCCGCCGGCGUGACAAUAGGGGUGGCCCUGGGAGACCUGCAGUGCUCAGUGUUUGCAUUAUUGAAGGAGCCGACGGAUGCGGUUCUGAAUAUUUCAACCUCAGCCCAACUGGCCUACGUCCACCCGACUUUCCGACCGGAGACGAUUAACGAGUCACAAAAGAUCGAGUACUUUCCGUACUUCGGCGACAAGUAUCUCGCGGUAGCGGCAUCUCUCAACGGCGGCAACACUCUCGCAACUUUCGUCAAGUCUCUCCAGCAGUGGACGCUGGAACUGGGCUUUUCAGUGCCUCAAUCCAAAGUUUGGGACAAACUGAUAGCGUUGGGCAAGGACGACAGCUCUAUCAGCGACAUGACGAUUGUUCCGACUUUACUGGGCGAGCGAUAUGCGCCUGAUCAGACGGCCAGCGUUACCGGCAUAACUCUCGACACUCUGCAUUUGGGAAAUAUCUUUCGAGCUUUAUGCUCCGGCAUCAUAAAGAACCUACACGACAUAAUGUCGAGGGAGGAACUGGAAUCAGUGGGAAUCUGUCGGAUCGUGGGCAACGGUUCGGGCCUCGUUCGCAACCCUGUCUUACAGAAGGAAGUUUCGCGCUGGUACAGCCUUCCCCUCGAAUUAGGACACACAGGAGACGCAGCUCUCGGCGCUGCUCUGGCCAUGUUCAAGGCGGACGAGUGACACUGCGAUUCGCGCGUCUUGUGGAUAUUCCGCACGAGCCACUGAUUAUCCUGCGCGCGAUUUUACACUGUGAUUUUCAUGAUGUGUAUUAGAUACUGUUAAAGUGCGAUGGACGUGUCGAUGAAAGUGUGAGGUGAAGAAGUUUUUUGCGAAAGCACUAUGGGAAUAUGCAUUACACGUUGCAUACGAAUGAAUAUUCGAUAAGAUGGCAAAACAAUCAGAAGACGGGGGAAAAUUAUAGAACUGUGCGUUUAGUAUAUACUAUUUGAAGGAAUUAAAUGAUAACAAAAUUAGUCAUGCAUGUAAAUAUAUAGUGUAAAUGUGUAUUUUUCUUACGUUUUUUCCUUGCCUUUUUUUGUCUAUCUGAUAAGUGAUGGAAAAUUAUGAAUGUAUAUUUUUUAGAGUCUUUCCCUGGUAGAAGUGACCCUAAGAACUGGCCAUUUAUUAGGUAGUAACUAGGUUAAAUCAUAAGAACUGGCCAGUUACUAGCCUGUUCUUAGACACAUUUCUACCAGGGCUUUAAUAAGUCGUGCUAGGCGUAUUUAUUGGUUGUUAGGGCUUCAGAAAUAUAUUCGAGUUUUCUUUGAAAGUAUAUAGAAUUGUGUAUUUUGAUAUAUAGAUUUAAAAAAUCCAGCGAGUCUUAAAGGAACUAAAUUCAUUAUAUAUCAUUAAACUACGUUUAUGGCUUGUGAGAUAGAGUUGCUCAAAAAAAGCUUUAUUUGCAUUCCCUGUGUUACAUAAUUAUAAUAAAAAAAUUACGAAAAUACAA